AUGGCUGUCAACAAAAUUGAUAAAAAAAAGUUUGGCUUUGAAGACAUCGGAUCAGAAAAUAAGUUAAAUAAACUUAGCUCUAAGUUAAAAGGACAGAUGUUUAAAAAUUACGUCAUCGUGGCUGAUAGAGUCAAAGAGAAUAAAGAAGUUGAGAAGGAUAAAGAAUCACAACCUGUAGAAUCAAUAUCACUCCUCGAUCGACUUUUCUGCGUCAAGGAAGAUAAGUUAAAUGAACUUAGCUCUAAGCUAAAAGGACAGAUGUUUAAAAAUUCCGCUUCAGCUUUUUUUAGAAAGUUGUUCAAAUUAACAAGUCAACAAGAAUUGGUGGAAAAACAUGGCUUCCCUGUGAUAGCUGUCAACAAAAUUGAUAAAAAAAAGUUUGGCUUUGUAGACAUCGGAUCAGAAAAUAAGUUAAAUAAACUUAGCUCUAAGUUAAAAGGACAGAUGUUUAAAAAUUACGUCAUCGUGGCUGAUAGAGUCAAAGAGAAUAAAGAAGUUGAGAAGGAUAAAGAAUCACAACCUGUAGAAUCAAUAUCACUCCUCGAUCGACUUUUCUGCGUCAAGGAAGAUAAGUUAAAUGAACUUAGCUCUAAGCUAAAAGGACAGAUGUUUAAAAAUUCCGCUUCAGCUUUUUUAAAAAAGUUGUUCAAAUUAACAAGUCAACAAGGACUCACAAAAUUUGUUAGCAAGAAAACGCUGGUUGAUGUCUUCAAGAAAUCCGAAUCUGUGGUUAUCCCUAGUUCGAAGGGGAAUGCCCUGAGAGAUGUGCUAUUCAUUUUCCACAAGCCUGAGGAAGUCACUAGAGCCGUAAAAGAGUGCCAAGGCUGGGAGCUGGGUGGAGAAAGAAAGAAGAAAAGCAACAAGAGAAGUUGCAGGUCGAAAAAAUUAGAAAAAAAAGUUACAUUUCAUUUUAGAGCUUUUGAAUCGAAACCUAGAACAAGAGAAGUUGUUACUUUCCAUAUUGGUCAAGUUGGGGGAUCCUUCAACAAAAUCUUCAAGCUCUUAUGUUACUGCACCAGGUCAUGGAUGUCAGCUUUUGAAUCGAAACCCAGAACAAGAGAAGUUGUUACUUUCCAUAUUGGUAAACAAGUUGGGGGAUCCUUCAACAAAAGCCGUGAGGAAGAUGCUGGUCGACGAAAAUUUUCCAAAUUGUGGUAUAAACCGGUGAGCCUUAAAACAAAACGUGGAGCGUUGGGUUACGUUGUUGAGCCAUUAGGGACCCAUGAAAACAUGAAAUGCUAA